UAAGAAGUUCUCCUUUCUGACUGGAUCGCCUGCAGAGUUUGCUGCUUUCUGGAGGAUUAUUAGAGAUUAUUUGUGCGGUUUCUUGGUUUGAUUCCCUCCAUCAGCUGCUGCUUCUCUGACUGGAAGAGCUGAUUGUUUGCAGUGUAUGGCCUCUGCUCCAAGUCAAACAUCCUCCAGUCUCCUGUGAUCGUCCUCGUCUCCACUGAGACCUUCCACCCUGCGCCUCCUUCCUCCCCUCGGAGCUCCUCCUCCUCCGCCUGGCUGGUCGGCAGCUCCUCUCUCUCAUCAGGAUGAAUGACGUUCAGGAGGCGACCUCCCCCGCCACCAGCCUCAGCGGCCCAGCGACCUGCGUCUCCAAAGUGGAGCUCCGUGUUUCCUGUAAAGCUCUGCUGGACCGGGACACGCUCAACAAGUCCGACCCGUGCGUCAUCCUCAUGGUGCAGACCAACGGGCAGUGGACCGAGUUGGACAGGACAGAAGUGAUCAAGAGCAACCUGCACCCGGUCUUUGGGAAGGUUUUCUCUCUGGAUUAUUACUUUGAGGAGGUUCAGAAGCUGCGAUUUGAAGUCUACGACAUCCACGGGACCCACAGCAUCGGGACCCGCGACGACGACUUCCUGGGCGGGGUCGAGUGUACUCUGGGACAGAUCGUGGCCCAGAAGAAGAUGGUGAAGCCUUUGUUGCUCAAGUAUGGAAAAUAUGCCGGCAAAUCUACCAUCACGGUGCACGCUGAGGAAAUUUCUGGCAAUAACGGCUACGUGGAGCUCUCCUUCUGCGCCAAGAAGCUGGAUGAUAAGGAUCUCUUCAGUAAGUCAGAUCCGUUUCUGGAGAUCUACCGGAUCAACGACGAUGAAACGGAGCAGCUGGUUCACAGAACCGAGGUGAUCAAGAACAACCUGAACCCUGUCUGGGAGCCCUUCAAGGUCUCUCUCAUCUCUCUCUGCAGCUGUGACGAGGAGCGCAAGCUCAAGUGUCUAGUGUGGGAUUAUGACUCCAGAGGGAAACACGACUUCAUCGGAGAGUUCUACGCCACGUUCAGGGACAUGCAGAAAAUAUCCAGCGGAAAUAAGGUGACGUGGGAUUGUGUGAAUCCAAAAUACAAACAGAAGAAGAGAAACUAUAAAAAUUCAGGAGUUGUCAUCCUCAGCGACCUUAAGCUCCACAGAGUUUACUCCUUCUUAGAUUACAUCAUGGGAGGAUGCCAGAUUCACUUUACGGUUGCCAUUGACUUCACAGCGUCCAACGGAGACCCGAGGAACAGUUGCUCUUUGCACUACAUUAACCCUUACCAGCCCAACGAGUACCUGAAGGCUCUGAUAGCAGUGGGGGAGAUCUGCCAAGACUACGACAGUGACAAAAGAUUUUCCGCUUUGGGAUUUGGUGCCAGAAUCCCUCCAAAUUAUGAGGUUUCUCAUGAUUUUGCCAUUAAUUUCAACCCGGAGGACGAUGAAUGUGAAGAGAUCCAAGGCGUGGUCGAGGCGUACCAGAACUGCCUCCCUAAGAUCCAGCUGUACGGCCCCACCAACGUCUCUCCCAUCAUUAACAGGAUAGCCAAGCUGGCAGCCGGCGACGGCAACAUUAAAGAUGCUUCUCGGUACCACAUCCUCCUCAUCCUCACCGACGGCGUGGUGACAGACAUGGCGGACACUCGUGAAGCGAUCGUGCGAGCCUCCUACCAGCCUCUCUCCAUCAUCAUCGUCGGCGUGGGCAACGCUGACUUCACAGACAUGCAGAUUCUGGACGGAGACGACGGCGUCCUGCGCUCCCCGAAGGGCGAGCCGGUCCUCAGGGACAUCGUGCAGUUUGUUCCCUUCAGAGACUUCAAAACGGCUUCUCCUGCAGCUCUGGCUAAAUGUGUUCUGGCGGAGGUUCCCAAGCAGGUGGUGGAGUACUACAGCCAUAAGGCCAUCUCCCCUAUGAGUCCUAUGAGGGACUUACAGACCCCCAUCCUCACCCCUCUGGCCACCACCCCCACAGAAUAACCCUGCUGCUCCAAGGACCCAGCCUCCACCACGGCACACUGAGGAAGAGGAGGCAGGACGCAUGUGGUGUUGGACACGGACUGAAGAAGAGAAAACCUUUCUAAAUGUCUCAUUUAUUCCAUUCUUCACCUCUCAGAGUGUUUACAGGAGGAUCAUUGAUACAGGAGAGGCUGGAGGCUUCAUACAUGGAUCCACAGCUUCUUCUUCUUCUUCUUCCUGGCUGCAAAACCGUCAUCAUCAUCAUCCAGAUGUUUCAGCACCACCAGUCCUGGACCAUUCUCUUGUUUUUCCCUAUUUUUUAUGCAUGCAGGCCGAUCCCUCCGUGCUGAUCCAUGGAUCGAUUAUGAAGGAUUAUUAUUAGUCCUCACUGGAUGAAAUCAGCACCUCAACUCUCUUUUAUCUUCUUGGUUUUAUUAUCCUUUUGAAGAUGGACUGUACAGAACCGACCAAUCACAAUGAGGUUGCUCAACUUGAAAAUACUGAGAAAAUAUUUAAACCAGAUGUUAUAUAUAAAUAUAUAUAUAUAUAUGAAUCACAGGAAUUAUAUAAAGACGCACUG